CGCCCGCUAGCGAUUCCUGCAGACUGAUCGCCCGCUGCCCGCAUCCCCUCUGGCUGCUCCCGGGCAUGGUGGGGCUUUACCCUGGUCUGGGCCCGCCCACCUGUGGCCCCCGCGGCGACUCGGCCCCGCCGUGACCGGUCUGCCCGCCUUGUGCUGCGACCCCCAGGAUGAAGGGCGGCGAGGGGGAUGCGGGCGAACAGGCCCCACUGAACCCGGAGGUCGAGAGCCCAGCGGGCUCGGCCGCCUACCGAGAGUUCGUGCACAGCGGCUACUUGGACCUCAUGGGGGCCAGUCAGCAUUCGCUGCGAGCGCUCAGCUGGCGCCGUCUCUACCUCAGCCGGGCCAAGCUCAAAGCCUCCAGCCGCACGUCUGCCCUGCUCUCGGGCUUCGCCAUGGUGGCCAUGGUAGAGGUACAGCUAGAGAGCAACCAUGAAUACCCACCAGGCCUGCUGGUGGCCUUCAGUGCCUGCACCACCGUGCUAGUGGCUGUGCACCUCUUUGCACUUAUGGUCUCCACAUGUCUGCUGCCCCAUAUUGAAGCCGUUAGCAACAUCCACAACCUCAACUCCGUUCACCAGUCUCCACAUCAGCGACUCCACCGUUGUGUGGAGCUGGCCUGGGGCUUCUCUACUGCCUUGGGCACCUUCCUCUUCCUUGCUGAAGUUGUCCUGGUUGGCUGGGUCAAGUUUGUGCCCAUUGGGGCCCAAUUAGGCACACCAGCCCCCAUGGUACCUGCCUCCCAGGUGCCUGGGAUUCUGCCACCUGUGGCCACCUCCCUUAAUCCAGGUUCCAAGCCAUCUUCUGUAGCCCCAUCACAGGCUCAGUCAUCUGAGGCUUGCCCACCUGGACAAGCAUGUGGCAGUGGUGGUGGGGCCUACGGACCAGGCUGGCAAGCAGCCAUGGCCUCCACGGCAAUCAUGGUACCUGUGGGGCUUGUGUUUGUGGCCUUUGCCCUGCAUUUCUACCGCUCCUUGGUGGCACACAAGACAGACCGUCACAGGCAGGAGCUAGAGGAGCUGAGUCGCCUGCAGGGGGAGCUGCAGGCUGUGUGAGGCUGGCGGGCACUGCCUCCCUGGGGUCUGCAUGAGGCCCCAGUUCUACAAACCCCAAUCUCUGCCCCUGCUUGGAGCCACUUCCAGUAGCCACUCUCAGGUAGAGACCAGAUACCUGCGUUCAGGGUCCUUUGGGCUGGGCCUUGGGGCAGCUCCCACAUUGCCAGGGAUUCGCCCUGUCUCUCCCAUGGGUUUUUUAAGUUCUACUCUAUACUGAGAAAGGAGGAACAAAGGAGGAAGUGGAAAUCCUCAGUCCAAGGCUCAUGCAGUAGGCAGAGGGGAGGCAGGGAGACCCUGGUCAGACCUUUGGUGCUGACCCUUAGCCAUUUGCCCCUACAUAAAAUGUAGAGGUCAGAAGGUCACAUGCCUACCCAGCUGCCCCAGAAGGCAGCUAACCCUUUGCUUUAUUUUUGUAGAGUCUAUUUUAUGGUUGGCAUUUGGGGGAAAGCUUUUCCCCAUCUCCAGAUUUUGAUGGGUUCCACUCUCUUCAGUUUCUGUAGAGAGGCAUUUGGGUGUUUCUACACCAAGCAAAGGACCAGCCUUUUCAAAGAGGAGCCUUCCCCAUAUUUUGGAGGUUCAGAUGCCUGCUCCACUGCCCUAGACCCAUACUUAUGCUUCUAUAUCUGGUUCUCACUCUGGGCCAGGGCUGGGGGUCUUUGGAAACUGAGGACCUGUGUACCCAGCCUGACUCCCUGGUAAGAGUUGGGGUAAGGAGGUUUUAAGGGAGAAGGUCUAGUCCCUAGCCCUUAGCAUACAGAGAUAUUCUGACACCAAAUGUUUGAUGCACCUUGUUUUGUAUAAUAAAAUGUGUUUCACAGA